GAGAGUUGCAAAGUUCCGUCGGAAUCGGAAGCUGGUUUGGCAGUGAUGCAGUGCAGCCUUUGGGCCAACUUCCAAGUGAUUACCCGCGAGUAACUACAGCCUCUGGGCCGUUGCAACCAUAAUUGUGCAAUUGUAUCGACUCUGAUGCACAAAUCUUAAUCCAAAACCAAAGCGAGUUUGUUACACGGUUUAGCGUUAUUUUAGAUUCUAAGUUAUCAAUAAGCACAGUGGAUUCGGACUAUGGAUAUGUCCAGCGCCAACUCGUUGCGGCCCCUUUUCGCGGGGUAUCCCUUUCAAGGACAAGGUCGUGUGAACCAGCUCGGGGGCGUCUUUAUCAAUGGUCGCCCGCUGCCCAAUCACAUUCGCCUGAAGAUCGUGGAAAUGGCGGCCAGUGGAGUUCGGCCCUGUGUGAUCUCCCGCCAGCUCCGCGUCUCCCACGGCUGCGUAUCGAAGAUUCUGAACCGAUACCAGGAGACGGGCUCCAUUAGACCCGGCGUGAUAGGGGGAUCCAAGCCCAAGGUGACCUCGCCGGAGAUCGAAACGCGGAUCGACGAGCUGCGAAAGGAGAACCCUGGAAUAUUCAGUUGGGAGAUACGCGAGAAGCUGAUCAAGGAGGGCUUUGCGGAUCCCCCGUCAACGUCAUCUAUCAGUCGCCUAUUGCGGGGAAACGAUCGAGGCAGCGAAGAUGGUCGGAAGGACUAUACUAUCCAUGGAAUUCUUGGAGGCCGCGACUCUGACAUAAGUGAUACGGAGUCGGAGCCUGGGAUUCCGCUGAAACGCAAACAGCGUCGCUCCCGCACCACCUUCACCGCCGAGCAACUGGAGGCCCUAGAGCGAGCCUUUGCCCGCACCCAAUAUCCGGACGUUUACACCCGGGAGGAGCUGGCCCAGACCACGGCCCUGACCGAGGCUCGCAUCCAAGUGUGGUUCUCCAACCGAAGAGCCCGUCUCCGCAAGCACUCAGGAGGCUCGAGCUCCGGUCUAUCGCCCAUGAACAGUGGCAGCUCCAGUGUGGGAGUGGGCGUUGGACCCAGUGGGGCGACGGCGCCUCUGGGCUUCGGCCCCCUGGGCGUAGGCUCUAUGGCAGGCUACAGUCCUGCGCCGGGAACCACCGCAAAUGGAGCCGGCAUGAACGAGGGAGUUCACCACGCCGCCCAUGCCCCCAGUUCCCAUCACAGUGCAGCAGCGGCUGCUGCGGCGGCGCACCAUCACACCCAGAUGGGUGGCUACGACUUGGUCCAGAGUGCGGCGCAGCACGGAUUUCCCGGAGGCUUUGCUCAGCCGGGACACUUUAGCAGUCAGAACUACUACCAUCAAGACUACUCCAAGCUGACCAUUGACGACUUCUCCAAGUUAACCGCCGAUAGCGUCUCAAAGAUCUCGCCCUCGCUUCACCUGAGCGACAACUACUCGAAGCUGGAGACCCCCUCGAACUGGCAGGCCGCCUACCACCUCAACCAGUCGGCGGUGGCCGCCGCCAACUACAAUGCCCACGUGGCCCAGCACCAGCUGAAUGACUAUGCCGCUGCAGCGGCCCACGGAAAUGCGGCGGCCGCUGCUGCCUACAACCACCCUCUGCCGGCGCAGGGUCAGGCCAAGUACUGGUCAUGAGGUAAUGGAUCGUCGUUUCGCGAGCGAGAGCCAUUACAUUUUCGCGUUAGUUUUAUGCAUUUCAAUUAUCAGCAGAGGCACAUGUAGAUGUUAGGCAACUAUUUAAACCCGCAAACGUGAAUAUGGAAAAUAUCGGCUUGGCUAUAAUUUAGAAUUACUUCGCUUACUGCAUGUGCAUUACAUGGCUUUUAUAGGCGCAUUAAGGCUGGCAAC